CAGCUUCUCCCGCCGCCCCUCGCGACUCGUUUCUUUUCCCACAGGCAGCCCAGCUUAGGACUCAGCCUUACUUGCCCUCUACAAACGAACCCAACCCCUGUAUAGCAUAGCCUACGGAGACUACUCGUGUUUUUGUACAUGCGGUACCCGUACUGUAAAGUACUCGCUUCCUGUACGAGCAAUUGCUCCAUCCUCACUCAACCCCUUUCGAUUGUCUACGGUUAUUUCCACACCUUUUGGCAAUUGCCAUCCCCCAUCUACUACAUAUACCGCCCCGACCUCCCGACCUGUGUCUCUUUUCGCUCGCCCUUCCCACUCACGUUCUCCCAAUCUGCGUCUCGUGAUAUCGCUCGUUCACUCCGUUACGCCGAGCACUGUCCUUAAUCACCACCCGCAAGAAACUCUUCAUACGAAUAUGAGCAGCACCCCCUACUGCUUAGGACCGAGGACAGGAAGAGUUGGCUUUUACGACGUUCACCGCCCACGACUGCUACGACCCACGAACAGAUAAUCAUUUACAUUUCACGCGACACACCCAUACUAUACGCACCGCUGCCCUAACACAACUGCCGCGGGCAACAUUCCAGAAAACCGUCCCCAAGAGCCAAAAGCAACGUAGCAAGACAGGCCAAGAUCAGAGACAGGAAACAAGAUGGGCAACAUGGCGAGACAGGUUCAGAGCCACCCCGACUACUCGGACGAUGAGUACGGAGCCGAGGACGCCUACUUCACCUACCGACCCCUCUCCAAUCUUCCGACCCCGCCGCCUUCUUCCAGAAAUUCUUCCACCCACCAGAGCCCGAAAACAGCUUUGGAAGACGGAGAGGUCCUGCACCAGAAGUUCCUGGGCCCCGCCAUCCACCUCGUCAACCUCGUUCCCACGUCAGCUUCUCUCACGACCCCAUCGGUGCCGCUUGUUCAGGCCAUGCUGAGCCGGUCCGGCCUGCCGCUCGAGACCGUUGCGCUGGCAGUCUGCAUUCUCGACUCGCUCAACUCCAAAUUCGCCCUCAGCUGGCGUUUGCAGUGCCCCCUGCUCGUCGAAGGCGCCCUCUCCUCCAACAAACGCCACACCCUCGCCCAUAGCCCCCUCCUCGACCGUCGCCGCCAGCAGCAGUUGCACAUCGACUCGGUCCAGCCCGAGCUCAUCAUCCUCGCUGCGCUCGUCAUCGCCGCCAAGUUCACCGACGACUGCCACGACUCGACCUACUACUACUGCGCCAACUGGGGCAAGGACAUCUGGUCGUGUGAGCAAGUCAACGUGACGGAGCGCUGCAUCUGCGAGAACCUCAACUACCGCAUCAAGCCCCUUGUCGACGACGACGACCUCCUCGCCGACACCAUGGUCGACAUGCAGCUGGCCGCCCGGCACUACAACUCGGUCCGCCCCGUGCAGCCCCACGAGAUGGGACACAGCAAGAGCAAGAGCAUGACCAUUGGCACCGCCGUCGUCGGCCUCGGUCUGCAGCUCACGCCCGUGGACACUCCCAAGUCCGAGGCCGCCCCGUUCGACGACGAGGUGCGCGCCGCCCUCGAAAACUCGACUCUUGGCGGCGACUACAUAUCUUUGGCCUUUUCCAGCGAUGAAAUGGUCCUGUCUUCGGUUGGCGAGAAGCUUGACAUUUAGUGAAGGGAGAAGAAGCGAUUUCAAGCGAGCGAGCGAUUUUGUUUGGUUGUAACGAAUUUUUGCAUGCCCUUGCGCGCGGGCGGCUCUUGAAGAGGAGUAGCACAUGGUUUAACGGUACACAUCUGCAUGGGGUUCCACCACCGGCUUGUGCCUGGCGAUGGACAACAUUUCCUUGUUUUCACUUUCUUAUUUUCUUCACUUUUCCGACCCGCAAUUUCGUUGUUUUUUAGGAUACCACCCUCGGCCUCGACAAGGCUUGUCGGAUAUGCAUCUUGUAAUUUUUCUUGGGUCGAGUGGGCCGGCCGGCGUACAUGGUAAAGGGGAUUUCUCGCUGGAUUAAGGGACCGAGGUAUUGGGAUUCAUCGCAGCCAGGACAUA